CCUGUAUAGGGCCAUCCACAGACAAGGUCUCAACAUAACCAAAGAACUCCCCAGAUACAGAAUAUGGAAACUCAGCACCGAACAAAAGUAGACGUUCCUGAUCAUGUCCUUUACACUGUAGGCUCCUGUGUUCUUGUAAUCGGCACUAUUGGAAUUACAGGAAAUCUCUUGGUUCUCUAUGCAUUUUACAGCAACAAGAAGCUGAGGACACCACCAAACUAUUUUAUAAUGAAUUUAGCAGCAAGUGAUUUCCUGAUGUCUGCAACCCAGGCUCCCAUCUGCUUUCUCAACAGCAUGCACAGGGAAUGGAUACUUGGAAACAUAGGUUGCAACUUGUAUGCAUUUUGUGGGGCGCUAUUUGGAAUAACUUCCAUGAUGACUUUCUUAGCCAUUUCAGUUGAUCGCUACUGUGUGAUUACAAAGCCUCUGCAAUCUAUAAAGAGGACUUCAAAGAAACGCUCAUGCCUGAUCAUUUUCUUUGUCUGGCUCUACUCACUGGCUUGGAGCGUGUGUCCAUUGUUUGGGUGGAGUUCAUAUGUACCUGAGGGUUUAAUGAUUUCCUGUACAUGGGACUAUAUAACCUAUUCUCCAGCAAACAGAAGCUACACCAUGAUGUUAUGUUGGUGUGUCUUCUUCAUUCCUCUGAUCAUAAUCUUCCAUUGCUAUUUAUUCAUGUUUCUUGCCAUAAGAACUACAGGCAGGAAUGUUCAGAAGUUAGGAUCAUCCUCUGGUCGGAAAUCAAACAUCUCACAGUCUAUUAAAAGUGAAUGGAAGCUGGCAAAGAUUGCUUUUGUGGCCAUUGUGGUCUAUGUCUUGUCCUGGUCUCCAUAUGCUUGCAUUACUCUCAUUGCAUGGGCAGGCCAUGCAAGCUUCCUGACGCCAUAUUCUAAAUCUGUGCCCGCUGUUAUUGCCAAAGCUUCUGCGAUCUACAAUCCCAUCAUCUAUGCAAUCAUUCACCCAAGAUACCGGAGAACCAUUCACAGUGCUGUUCCUUGCUUGAGGUUUCUAAUAAGGAUAUCAAAAAGUGAUCUUUCAGCCAGUUCGAUGAGUGAAUCAUCCUUCAGGAUGUCUAUGUCCAGUCGUCACUCUUUCGCUUCCAGGAACAAGAACAGUUGUGUUGCGUCCAUUUCAGCCAUAGAAAUAAAUUGGAAUGAAGUGGAGCUUAACCCUGUGGAGCCAGUCUGUAAGAAACUGCAACCCUCUAAAAGUAAUGCUUUUUCAGUACACCUGAAACCAGAAGAUGAAAAGAGUGAAUUGCUCCUAAAAGCCCCCUGCUGUGAUGUGACUACUGGAGAAAAGCUUGCACUGUCAUCCAUCAGCCUGGACAAGGCACUUGAGAGAUCCCUUAAAGAGAGCUCCCCAGAACUGUUUCUUGUCAGCAGUUCUUUGAGAACGGCUUCUCUUCCAUUUGGUUUGAACAGUGGCAGCAGCAUGGAGGGAAGCACAGACACUUCGAAAGUAGAAGCAAGCCGAACCAAUGGAAGCUCGGACUCCUCCCUGAGGUCUCCCCUUCCACAAAUUGUUAUCAUUCCCACCUCGGAUACCACUCUGGCUGAAGGGCAAGCUGAGCAACGAAACGCUGAAGAGGAAGACAGUGAGCUGUUCUUCUCUCGAAGCAAGAAUCACCUGCUGGAUAUAGGGAGGCUUAGUUCCUCCCCUGACCUCCUCGAAGCAAUUGAAAAGCUGCUGUCAUAAAUGUAGCUGGAAGAAAAACAAAGCAAACCCCACCACUUGU